AUGCUUUCCAUAAGUGAAUGCAUACAAUGGACGGGUAUUACGAUUUUCGAAAUUUGGUUACAUGCCGUUGGAUUACUUAUUUUUUCUGUUCUUAUCGUGAUGAAAACUGAAGUUUACUCGAAUCUGACCUAUUGGCAUGUGUUUGCACCGUUGUUUAUUGUCACUGCAUUCAACUUGUAUUUCUUGUUUAUCGUCCUUGUACGAGCAGUGGUAGAAGAGAAACAAUGCAAGGAUCCUAUUUUGAAGUAUGCAUUUAGCUGGUUAAGACUUGUUAUGAUCGGGAUAUUUGAAGCGUUGUUGUGUUAUAAAGUGAACGGUGACUUAGAAGAUGGACAGGUUGCAGUUCAGUCUUCAUAUGGCAUUGUUUUCUUGCCUGUAUGGGUGCUGAUGGCUGCGUUAUGCUUUCAAGCAUUUCGUUUGUUAUGA